AGCUGCUGCAGGCCCCACACACUCACACACUCCUCAGCUGCUCGUGCUCAGCUCCUGUCUCCUCUGGGACACCUCUCUCUGUCCUCGCCGGCGUCUCCCCGGCGUCCUCAGCGUCAUGGAGAGUCUGGAGAAGCAGCUCAUCUGUCCCAUCUGCCUGGAGAUGUUCACCAAGCCGGUGGUCAUCCUGCCGUGCCAACACAACCUGUGCCGCAAGUGUGCCAACGACGUCUUCCAGGCAUCCAACCCGUACCUGUCGACACGGAGUGGCUCCACUGUGACGUCCGGCGGUCGUUUCCGCUGCCCAUCCUGCAGACAUGAGGUGGUUCUGGACCGACACGGUGUCUAUGGCCUGCAGAGGAACCUGCUAGUGGAGAACAUCAUUGACAUGUACAAACAGGGCAGCACCAGGUCGAGCUGGCUGACUGUGUGUCCAUGCUGGUCGGGAACAACGAGAGGAUUCAGGCGAUCGUCAGUCAGCUGGAGGAAACCUGCAGAGCCGUCGACGAGAACGGUCGGCGACAGAAGUCGAAGGUGUGCGAGACAUUCGAUCACCUGUUCGCUCUACUAGAGGAGAAGAAGAGCGAGAUGACGGUGAAGAUCAACGCCGAGCAGGAGGAGAAGCUGGACUACAUUCGAGGCCUGAGGAGGAAGUACACCGAGCACGUGGACGGCACCGCCAAGCUGCUCGAAACUGCCAUCCAGACCAUGGAUGAGUCUGAGAUGGCCCUGUUUCUGCAGAUGGCCAAACCUCUGCUGCAGAAGAUCACGGAGGGCUCCGACACGUCUCACCUCGAUAAGGUCCAGCACGGCUACGAGAACAUGGAUCACUUCACGGCAAACUUUGAGCAUCAGAGGAGAGCGCUGAGCGACAUCGACUUCAUCAAGCUUGAUGAAGACGAAGAUGAUGAUGAAGAUGAGGGGGAGGUCAAAGUUCAGACGGCCGGCAGUCCUGCAGAGUCGCAGCAAGCUGCGUCUGCAGGACUGCCGGCCAAUCGGCAGCCUGCUCUGUCGCCUGGUCUCUCAGCUCCACCCCCUCCGAAAGCCCCAGAGACCACGCCCCCUACAUCAUCGCAAACUAAGAGUGCCUCCCCUUCGACAUCAAACCAGACCCCGCCUCCUCUGCCACUCCCAACUACUAGCCCCGCCCCCCAGUCUGACUUACAGAGCGAGGCGGAGGACAAAGACGGCCCCAAGCACGUGUUCUCCUUCAGCUGGCUCAACCAGAAGUAGGACCUGGAUCUGUUCCUGUCCUCGUCAUCCAUGCAGCAAAUACGAUAAACGUUUGCUUCCAGAAGACGUUUGCUGAACGCGCUGCUUUGUAGUUUCGAGAGAAGACGUUUAAUUCUGUGUUUUGUUGCUUAAAGUCUGGAAUCUUUUUUCUCUUUAAUUGUGAAAUAAAUGAUUUUUUAUUAUUGACCUUUAUUCUGCUCCUGCCUGGGAUCAGUCAGCUGACACCAAACUCCAAACCAGAAAUCGUUUAGCUUUACAGACGGAGAUCAGCUGAGACAGGGGGAGCUGGUUUGU